AGUGAGAAGAUGGCAUCUGUGAACCAUCUGGCAUCCACCAGGCCUGAAUCUACUGGCCUCUUGAUCUUGGACUUCCAGCCACCAGAACUCUGAGGACUUUUUCUUGUUCGAGCCACCCAGGCCAUGCUAUUUUUGUUAUAGCAGCCUGAAGGUACCAAGACACUAGGCCAGGAAAUGUGGACCUUCCUUUACAGGUGGAUUAUUCUUACACUGGAGGGAAUGCAAUGGCCUCAUCAAAGACCCGAAGAAGAAUGUGAAAAAUCUUCUACUUUUCCAGAGGUCGGCUGUGAGGCCAGCCCCUUUUCUGCCGCCAUGGCAACCAUGCAAGGAAUGGAAGGGACCAUAUCAGAGGCUGGUCCUGGUGGGUACCAGCUGGAGCAGCCCGCUGUUAUCCAGUCACAUCUGUGGAAAAGGAUGCCAGAGAAGUUUUUGAAGGGGGAGCCCAAAGUCCUUGGGGUCGUGCAGAUCCUGAUUGCCAUGACGAACCUCAGCCUGGAAAUAAUAAAGAUGAGUGCCAUAUUGCCACUUUCUGACAAACAUUCUGUUUCAGGGCUGGACGUGUACAUAAUUGGGAGGCCAGUGAUGUUUAUUAUUUCAGGGUCCUUGUCAGUUGUAGCAGGAGUUAGAACUACAAAAGGUCUGAUUCAAACUAGCCUAGGAUUAAACAUCUUCAGUUCUGUCUUGGCCGGAGUAGGGGUCCCCUUCACUAUCUCCUCCUUGGAAGACUUUCAAGCAGGUGUAUCUGCCUGCAUCUUUUAUCAGAGGUUGGAGAGUUGUUCCAUGGCCAUGGCCAUUUUACUGAGUCUGGAUGCUGUGGUGCUCCUUUUAACCGUGCUAGAGUUCUUCGUUGCUCUGACCCUAUCUGCCUUUGGAUGCAAAGUCACCUGUUGUCAUCCUGGCGGGGUUGUGUUGAUUCUGCCAUCGAAUCCUCAUGUGGCGGAAACAGCAUCUCCCACACCAUUUACAGAGGUCUGAUGUCACCAACAGAUCAACAGCAAAAUGUUCCAGAAAACCUAUCCUGCCAGUUGGGCAAGGACACCACUUGGGGAAGUACCAGAAUCCAACUCUGAUAUAUAUAGAUAUAUUUCAGAAUCAUGUUCUCAUUUUCCCCCAAGACCUCAACAACUCAUUUACUGGCUCUUUAUCAA